UUUCUUGAAACUCCGUGAAGUUUGAAACUCGUCGUCGGGAUUUCUGUCAUCUCCUCCUCCUUUCUUCUUCUGCCAUUUUGGUCUUCAUUUCACCCUUUUGUUUUCACUGAUAAAUCAACGCUCUCUCGUUGCAAAAUUCUAAUCCUUUUUUUUUUUAACAAGUUGAAGGUUAUUUUUCGUGUCCUGAAACUCACGACCCUUGUCAGUCUCUCCACCUCGUUCUCCGACAGAUUUUUAGAUUCUGGGUUCAUCAACCCUUUCGCAGGUCACAGGAAGUCAAAGAUUCGAAACCCAUAAGUGUUUGGUUGGGAAUCUUUAAAGGAGAUCUCUAUGAUGGACGUGUUCCAGCAAAACUUGAUGGAUGGCGACGGCGGCGGUCCGCAGCUUCACCCUCUAGACAUGGCGGGGAACCCUUCGGAGAGUGAGCUCGCUCGCCUCCGAGACGACGACUUCGACAGCAACAAGUCCGGCAGCGACAACCACGAGGGGCCCACCUCCGGCGACGAUCUGCAGGAUGAGCGCCGGAAGAAGAAGCGCUACCAUCGUCACACCCAGCACCAGAUUCAAGAAAUGGAAGCAUUUUUCAAGGAGUUCCCGCACCCGGAUGAUAAGCAAAGGAAGGAACUGGGGCGUCAAUUAGGGCUUGAGCCUUUGCAAGUCAAGUUCUGGUUCCAAAACAAGCGCACUCAAAUGAAGACCCAACAUGAGCGCCACGAGAACACACAGCUCCGCACCGAGAAUGAGAAGCUCCGGGCAGAUAACAUGAGGUACCGAGAAGCGCUCAAUAGCGCUUCCUGUCCCAACUGUGGCGGCCCAACUGCCAUAGGAGAGAUGUCCUUUGAUGAACAUCACUUGAGGCUGGAAAAUGCCCGUCUAAGAGAAGAGAUUGAUAGGAUAUCGGCAAUAGCUGCAAGGUAUGUAGGCAAGCCGAUAGGAAACUACCCUCCUCUUUCUUCUCCAGUCCCUCCUCGCCCACUUGAUCUUGGUUUCGGAAGCUUCUCGGGCCAAUCAGGUGUUGGGGGCGAUGUUUAUGGGUGCGGGGACCUUUUCCGAUCAAUCACUGCACCGACUGAAGCCGAGAAGCCGAUCAUAAUCGAGCUGGCGGUGGCAGCCAUGGAGGAACUUAUCAGAAUGGCGCAGGUGGGAGAGCCCAUGUGGACUAUGGGACUUGACGGCACUUCAAGCGUGCUAAAUGAAGACGAGUACAUUCGUGCAUUUGCUCGUGGGAUCACAACAAACCCCACGGGAUUUAAGCGUGAAGCCUCGCGAGAAACUGGGGUCAUCAUCAUGAAUCACAUCAAUCUUGUUGAGAUUCUCAUGGAUGUGAGCCAGUGGUCCACUAUUUUCUCAAGCAUUGUCUCAAGAGCUAUGACUUUGGAAGUUCUAUCAACUGGGGUGGCAGGGAAUUACAACGGAGCCUUGCAAGUGGUGACGGCUGAAUUUCAAGUUCCAUCGCCACUCGUUCCUACUCGGGAAGUACAUUUCGUCCGCUACUGCAAGCAGCAUAGCGACGGGACUUGGGCAGUGGUUGAUGUUUCUUUGGACACUUUACGCCCAAACCCAGCGGUCCGAUGCCGUAGGAAGCCUUCGGGAUGUCUGAUUCAAGAAAUGCCGAAUGGAUACUCUAGGGUCACAUGGCUUGAGCAUGUGGAAGUAGAUCAUAGAGGAGUGCAUAACCUAUACAGGCAGCUUGUUGGCUCUGGCCAUGCCUUCGGGGCCAAACGCUGGGUCGCUACCUUAGAUCGACAAUGUGAACGGCUCGCAAGUGCCAUGGCAACUCAUAUUUCUAGCGGAGAUGUUGGCGUCAUAACGAGCCCCGAAGGGAGAAAAAGCAUGAUGAAGCUGGCUGAGAGGAUGGUAAUAAGCUUUUGUGCCGGAGUCAGCGCAUCUACAGCUCAUACAUGGACGACGUUAUCCGGAACCGGAGCAGACGACGUGCGUGUGAUGACUCGGAAAAGCGUGGAUGAUCCGGGCAGGCCUCCGGGAAUAGUUCUAUGCGCUGCCACUUCCUUCUGGCUGCCAGUUUCCCCAAAGCAGGUCUUCGAUUUCCUUCGUGAUGAGAAUUCUCGAAGCGAGUGGGAUAUUCUCUCAAAUGGAGGAAUUGUUCAAGAAAUGGCACACAUCGCCAACGGCCGAGACACCGGCAACUGUGUGUCUCUGUUGCGAGUAAAUAGCGCAAAUUCAAGCCAAAGCAACAUGCUGAUAUUGCAAGAGAGCUGCACUGAUGCAACAGGCUCCUUCGUGGUAUAUGCUCCGGUUGACAUCGUCGCGAUGAAUGUGGUUCUAAACGGCGGAGAUCCCGACUAUGUGGCUCUCCUUCCCUCGGGGUUCUCCAUACUUCCUGGCGGCUCGUCCAUGCAAAGCGGAGGCGAAGUGGCAUCCGACGGAUCUCUCUUGACUGUCGCGUUUCAAAUUCUGGUCGAUUCAGUCCCGACUGCUAAGCUUUCUCUCGGAUCGGUCGCAACUGUUAACAAUUUGAUUGCUUGCACUGUUGAGAGGAUUAGAGCUUCUUUAUCGCCUGAGAACAAUUAGCUUCUCAUGCACAUUGUUCAAUUUAGAAGUGCAAGGGCAAGA